AUGUCCACACACUUCCAUCCGCGUCCUUCUACUUCUGCACCGCAGAGUCCUGUUUGCCCUGGAUCUGCUCGCCCGACCAUCCGUGCCAUCACGCCUUCGCCACCGCAUGGCUCGAGCAACCCCAUGAGCAAGAGUUGUGGUGGGCUAGAGAAGCCGAGUCACACAUCACAAGGGGCGGCAGAGCACCUCUUCAUGCGGCCCAAGAGUGUAGAGAUGCUGCAAACGCAUGAUCAGAUCCGGCACGCACAACAGGGCUUUCAAGGUGAAAAAGUGGAUGCCAAUAUGCCUGGACUACGGCGAGGUGGCGCAGUAGCAGGCAGAAAGUCACCCGUGAAGCGCAGACAUCAGAGUAAGAGUCAGAGAAGCAGACCAUAUAGCACGUCACCAGCAACAUCUUUGCGGCGUAGGAUGCCGAUUGGAGAUCGAAAGGACGGCAAAGACGAAGAAAGCGGUGCCAUCAAGCAAGAUGCAAGCAAGCAAACCCAACACCUAGACAACAACGACAUAGACAUCUUCGCCGCCUGCCCCGAUACCCCCACACCAAUGACAGCAUCACAAAGACGCUUUGCAUACCUCCCUCUCGGCACACCAACCCCAGCUAUCUCCUCCCAACCCGCUUCCGAACCGCGCUCGAGAACCCAUACCGCACCUCCACGUACCAAAUCCGCCCCGAUCCUCGCCUCAAAUCGCAACCGGCACACUUCCACCUCUAGAACCAGAAACCAGCAGCCUAGCCACACAUGGAAAACACAGGGUCAACACGGCACGCGCGUAGCCCAGCCCAACCACCCAAACCCCGAAGCAAACGUCGCGCCAAAACUCUCACGUUCACAUCAACACCUCCAUAUACUACCAGCCCCAACAGCACCCCAACGCACCAAAACACCCGGCCCCCCUCCCACCGUACCCUUAGCGCGCGAACCCCUCUCCGCAACGUCCAACAUAUCCAUCCACACCGCGCACUCGCACUCGCACCGCAGCGUCUUCAGCACGCUGGGCCGCGACGAGUUGGAGCGGAAGAAGGCGGUGGUGGAGGAAGAUGAGGGGCCGUUUGGUGCGGCGGGGAGUGUGGCCGAGUUGGAUGGGGCGAGGAGGAGUGUUGGUAGUGGUGGGGGUAGGGGGUGCUGUGGUGUUAUGUGA